AUGGCAGCAGUAGAGCAGGAACCCAUUGCCGUUAUUGGCAUGGCAUGUCGUUUCCCUGGCAGCUCAAAUUCGCCCUCAAAGUUGUGGGACCUGCUGAGAUCACCGCGCGACCUUUCGAAGCGUGUCCCGACUGACCGCUUCGAUGUGACCGGCUUCCACCACUCCAAUGGAUCACAUCAUGGUGCUACAGAUGCUACCAACGCGUACUUUAUCGAAGAGGACGUGAACCAGUUCGAUAGUACCUUUUUCAACAUCCAACCGGCGGAGGCUGAGGCCAUUGAUCCGCAGCAGCGACUACUCAUGGAAACCGUCUAUGACUCGAUAUCUGCUGGUGGGCAACCCAUAGAGACUCUCCGAGGAACGAAUACGGCUGUAUACGUUGGCCUCAUGUGUGAUGACUGGUCUCAGAUUGUCUGUCGAGACUGGGACCUGAUGCCGACGUACGCUGCAACGGGCACAAGUCGUGCCAUCAUCUCGAACCGCAUCUCUUACUUCUUCAAUUGGCACGGAGCCAGCAUGACGAUCGAUACGGCCUGUUCGUCCUCGCUUGUCGCCGUUCACCAAGGUGUGACAGCUUUAAGGAACGGUGAAUGCCCCGUUGCUAUUGCGGCGGGUGCCAACUUAAUCCUGGCUCCUGGCAUGUUCAUUGGCGAGAGCAACCUUCAUAUGUUGUCACCGACGGGAAGCAGCAAAAUGUGGGAUUCUGCAGCGGAUGGAUAUGCCCGUGGGGAAGGUAUUGCAUCCAUUGUGAUGAAGCCGCUCAGCGCUGCGCUGCGAGACGGUGACCACAUUGACUGCAUAAUUCGCGGCACAGCUGUUCUCUCUAUAAUCACAGUAAACCAGGACGGUAAGACAGCGGGUUUGACGAUGCCGAGCAAUCUAGCUCAAGCAGACCUGAUUCGAGACACUUACGCGCGCGCCGGGCUCGACAUCAACGAUCCAAAAGACCGUCCUCAGUACUUCCACGCCCACGGCACUGGGACGCCCGCUGGCGACCCACAGGAAGCUGAGGCCAUCUCUCGUUCCUUCUUUGGUGACAAGAAGGUGGAUGAUAGGCUUUAUGUGGGUUCUAUAAAGACUGUUAUAGGACACACCGAGGGUGCUGCCGGUCUUGCGAGUUUGAUCGGAUCUGCUCUUGCCAUGCAGCAUGGUAUCAUCCCUCCAAAUCUUCAUUUCAACAGUCUUAGUGCCCGCGUCGCCCCAUAUUACAACCAUCUUGAGAUUCCCAUCACAGCCAAACCCUGGCCGAAAACACUUCCAGGACAACCUCGUCGAGCGAGUGUCAACAGUUUUGGAUUUGGUGGCACCAACGCACAUGCUAUUAUAGAGUACUUCGAGCCCGAAUCCUCACCUAUACAGCCUGCUUUUGCUAGCAUCCCAGCAUUCACACCGCUUACUAUCUCCGCCGCCUCUCCAACUACACUCCGCUCUACACUUUCGGACCUGAGUUCCUAUCUCAAAAAUAGCAACCUCGACGCCAACAUUCGCGACCUCGCUUACACGCUACAGACUCGUCGGUCUAUACUAGCUUAUCGAAAACCAAUUAUCGCAACUAGUAUCGAAGAGGCUAUUACGAGAAUCGACGGCCUGCUCGCCGACGAUAAUUCCAGCGAGAAUGGUUUGACGACGCGCUAUUACGACGUUUCCACGCCAAGUGUUCUAGGCGUAUUCACAGGUCAAGGCGCGCAGUGGGCGACUAUGGGAGCGCGGUUGAUUGAAGAAUCUCCAUUCGUCGCACAACGCCUUGCACAGCUUCAACGUGCCCUGGCAACACUUCCCGAAGGCGAUCGGCCAGACUGGACAUUGACCUCUCAACUUCUUGCCGGUACAAAGUCCUCACGCAUCGCUGAAGCUGCGAUUGCCCAACCACUAUGCACAGCCAUCCAAAUCGUGCUUGUAGACCUGCUCAAGGCAGCCAAUAUCCGACUGGGUGCCGUUGUCGGGCACUCGUCAGGAGAGAUUGGCGCUGCGUAUGCCGCUGGGUUUUUGUCAGCUACUGAUGCUAUUCGAGUUGCCUACUAUCGUGGUCUGUACGCUAAAUUGUCUCGCUCUCCAUCGGGAGGUCAAGGUGCCAUGAUGGCAGUUGGUACUUCCAUCGAGGAUGCUCAAGAGUUCUGCGAGCUUGAGGACUUUGACGGAAGAAUCCAGGUGGCAGCUCGAAACUCACAGAGUAGCAUCACACUCUCGGGCGAUGAAGAUGCCAUUCAGGAAGCGCUUGCCAUCUUUAGCAGCGAAGGCAAGUUCGCGCGCAUGUUGAAGGUCGACACAGCCUAUCAUUCGACUCACAUGUUACCAUGCGCAAAGCCAUAUCUUGCCGGACUUGCUAGAGCUGGGUAUAGUGUUGGCGAGGGAAAUGAUACCACUUGGUGCUCUAGCGUCAUUAAAGGCCACAUCAUGACCAAGAAGGAUGUUGAAAACCCUAGAUACUGGGUUGACAACAUGACGAACGCCGUCUUGUUCGAGCCGGCUAUUUCUCAGGCUUUGGAUGAUGCGGGACCAUUCGACAUCGCCAUCGAAUAUGGUCCUCAUCCAGCGCUAAAAGGUCCGGCUCUGGAUACAGUGGAAGCAAUAGCAGGGCGCAGAAUUCCCUAUACGGGCCUGCUCUCUCGCGGUAAGAACGACGUAGACGAGCUCUCUUCAGCUCUAGGAUACAUCUGGACCCAGUUGGGUGCCUCGUCUAUCGACUUCGACGGAUUUGAGAAAUUCAUCUCCGGCACUUCGUCGAAACAAAAGCGAUUCGUUUUCGAUCUUCCUACGUAUCGUUUUGACCAUUCACGAUCUUUCAACACUCUCACUCGGUUUUCGGGCGGACAUACUAACUUACACGCUGCACCACACCCGCUACUUGGUCGUCGUCUAGUAGAGACAGAAACAUCAGACGAGAUCUCGUAUCGCAAUGUUCUCCGGCCAGCCGAGAUCACUUGGAUUCAGGGUCACGGAUUGCAGGGCCAGAGUGUUUUUCCCGCCAUGGGUUACGUUUCUGCGGCUGUUGAAGUCAUCGCUGCUGUGACUGCCGACCGCAAUCUCGGGCUAAUCACGCUCAACGACAUCGUUAUUGGUCGUGCUCUUGCUUUUACUGAUGAGAAUGCUGGUAUGGAAACGAAAGUCAGUCUCAGCGAGAUUACAUCUACUGAGGACGAGAUGUCAGCUAGGAUGACAUUCCACUCCGGCUUGCCAUUCGACAGUAGUACCCCGCUGGCUCUCAACUUUAGUGCUACAAUUCAUGCGGUCUUUUGCGAGACCGAGCCAGAUACACUGCCUGCCGCUCGAAUCGACGAAAUAAACUUGGUAGAAGCAGAACCUGAGCGAUUGUACACGCAAUUCUCCAAGCUUGGCUAUAACUACAGCCUGCCAUUCACAGGUGUGCGUUCUAUUCAGCGAAAGAAAGGAUGGGCUGCAGGAGAUAUCGAGGAUGAGUCCGGUGAUGGCUGGGAGGACAAACUGCUGGUCCAUCCAGGAUGGCUCGAUUCAGCUGUGCAAACCGGAUUCGCGGCAUACAGCCAUCCGCAUGAUAACCGACUAUUUGCGCUCCUCGUGCCAACCGCCAUUCAUUCCAUUGUCAUCAACCCAUAUUUCUUCAACACCACCACUGCCCGCCAUCGUAACAUGCAGUACCAAACUACGGCUCGUGAAGAUCCUGAAGCCCCAAUGGUGGUCGAUAUCGACAUUUUCCCGGGUGGGGAUGACGUACAAUCGUAUCCCUUCGUUCAGUUUGAGUCUUUACGUGUGAUGCCAUUUGCACCAGCCACAGCUCGUGACGAUGCUGUAUUGUUUUCGCGUUUCAACUAUAGACUGGCUGCUCCUGAUGCGGUUGCUGCAGUCGCAGGUGAGGAGCUGCUAUCUUCAGAGACGACUGCCUUGUGGAAGUCCCUUGAUCGUGCGAGCUUCUUCUAUCUUCGCCGUCUCCACGAGACUAUCACGUCCGCCGAGAGAGCAGCUGCUCUGCCACAUUUCCAACUUCUCCUGGACUAUAUCGAACGAUUAGUGGCGGCAACUGCAUCCGGAGAGUGCCCCGUUCUUCCACGCGAAGCUUUGGCUGAUUCACCUACCUUUAUUCGAUCAUUAAUUUCUAGAUAUCAUGACCGAGCCGAUAUGCAGAUGAUUGAAGCAGUGGGUGAGAAUUUCCUUCCCGAAAUCCAACGCAACGGCAACAUGCUAGAGCAUAUGAUGAAAGAUGGGCUACUCGACCGUUUCUAUGCCGAUACAGCUGGAGUUAUUGCAGCAAAUUCCUGGAUUGCUAGUAUCGUCGCCCAAAUAGCUCAUCGUUAUCCCCGGAUGCAUCUUUUUGAGGUUGGUGCUGGUACUGGAAGUACUACACGUCCCGUACUCUCGGCGCUCAAAGGUGCUUUCUCAAGCUACACAUUCACGGAUAUCGGGGCUGGCUUCAUCUCGCGUGCCCAGGAUGGUUUUACUCAAUUUGAAUUCUCUGAUCGGAUGUCCUUCGCGAAGUUCGACCUAGAACAGUCGCCCGAGGAACAAGGAUUUGUGGACGGUGCGUACGACAUUGUAAUUGCGUCCAAUGUCCUACAUGCCACAGGCAAACUAGAUGAAGCUAUGGACAAUGUGAGGCGUCUACUUCGUCCUGGAGGCUACCUGAUCGCUCUGGAGAUUGUUAGCGAGUACACGGUGUCCAUGAAUACUAUGAUGGGCGGAAUUCAUGGAUGGUGGGCUGGUGCUGCGGUUGACCAAAGCCGAAGAGAUGGACCGUGUCUCACAUUGGAACGAUGGGAUGCUCUAAUGCGCACGCAUGGCUUCAGUGGAGUUGAUUCCCACACUCCCGUCCUUGACAACGUGCAGUGGUUCUCUGUCUUUGUCAGUCAGGCUGUUGACGACUUUGUCGGUAGUCUACGAGCUCCUCUGAAUGCCUCGAAAGGUCACAGAGAUUUAAGUCCGCUUGUUAUUAUUGGUAGACAUACAUCAACCUUCGACAGACUUGUGGAUGAAGUAAGUGCCCUGGCUGGUCCGCGCUCUUCAGCCGUUACUCGAUUUGAGUCUCUCGAAGAUCUCAACAAGCACGGCUUAUCUCCAGGAAGUUCUGUGCUAUCACUAGCCGAGCUCGACGAGCAGUUCUUCGAAGUUCGCACUGAAUCCAAGCUCAACGCUCUCAAGACGCUAUGGCGAAAUGGUGGUAGCAUUCUCUGGGUCACACGCAGUGCUAUGAACGAACGUCCGUUCUCAUCCAUCAUUCUCGGUUUAUCUCGUGUCGUUCGCCUCGAGUACCCCAAUAUCAAUCUACAAAUACUUGACUUCGAUGCCGCUACUGAAGUGAACCCACAGAAUGUAGCCGAGGCACUCAUCCGGCUCGAGCUGGGUGCACAAUUCAAAAAGGAAGAAGGGGCAAAGGUCGAUCUCCUCUGGACCGUUGAACCAGAAACCCAUUAUAUCAACGGCCAGUUGCAUAUUCCUCGCCUGCUCCCAGAUACGGAUGCCAAUAAGAGAUACAAUACGUAUCGCCGCACCACGACUGACGAGGUCGAUCUUCAUAAGACGCCAGUGGUACUUGACCCAGCUCCAGAUGGGAAGACCUUUGACCUAGCCAUAGUAUCCCCACUGCGUGUGCUACCAGAACUGCAAGCUUCUGGCAAAAUAGUCACAAUUCAAGUCGAGCAAUCACUACUCCAGAUCAUCAAGAUCCGGGGAGUGGGCUACUUUAACCUGUUGAUAGGCAAGGAUGUCGAGAACGGCGAGAAACUCGCUACUCUGGUCGACUCCGCCAUAGAGUCUCGUGCGAGAGUUCCUAUCGAGUGGACAAUGCGUGUACCAAAGAACAUCCUCAAGAACACCAUUUAUUCUUCGCUUGUUUCUGUUGGGGCAUAUCUUCUCGCCCAGAGCAUUCUCGUCGAUGUGCCACGCUCUGGAACUAUCUUGGUCCAUGAGGCUGACGAGCUCUUAAAAGAGGCACUUCAAAAGGAGGCUAUGAGAGAGGGGCUGCGAAUCGUCUUCACAUCUGGCAUUACGAAGACGGCGUACAUUUUUAUCCAUGAGAAGCUCCCCAUGCGUUUAGUGCAAAGUGUGCUACCACGCGAUAUCACAUUCUUUGUCAACCUCGAUCCGGGAUCCGCCACUGCAUGCCUUCUUACUCGAUCUCUCCCACCGCACACAGCUACUGCGAUAUCUACGGAUUUUAUACGUACACAAGCUGGUCUUUCUCCUAAUGCCGACGUCGAUCAGGUCGGUCCAUCUCUCAAAAAGGCUUGGCAGGCGGUAACGAAUUAUCUCCUCGCAUCGUCGUCGUCGCAAAAACCCAUACCUGUCUUGAGACUGCAGGAUGUCAGCGGAUCUUCAGCCGUGCACGCGAAACUGAGUGUUGUUGAUUGGACCAUCUCUUCAUCUCCUGUGCGAGCCCUUCUACGACCCAUUGACCAUGGGAAUAUCUUUCGUGAUGACGGUACCUACCUCCUCUUCGGUCUCGCAGGAGAUUUGGGACAGUCCCUAUGUACCUGGAUGGUCACUCAUGGGGCACGCUACAUCGUGCUUGGUAGUCGGAGACCCAAAGUCAACCCGAGAUUUAUCGAGUCUCUUUCUCCGGCAACAAUCAAAGUGGUGGCCGUUGAUGUAACUCGUCGUGACUCUCUGAAUGCAGCUUACGACGAGAUAUGUGUCGAAAUGCCACCUGUUGUUGGUGUAGCCAACGGAGCUAUGCUGCUUGAGGAUGCGCUCUUCGACGAUCUUGAAUUCACGUCCCUCGAACGUACAGCGCCUCCCAAAAUCGACGGAUCCGUGCUGCUUGAUGAACUCUUUUAUGAUGCUCUUCUUGAUUUCUUUAUCCUCUUCACCUCGACGUCAAACGUUGUCGGCAACGGUGGUCAGUCUGCUUAUGUUAUGGCCAAUCAAUUCAUGGCUGCAUUGGCUGCUCAACGGCGCGAUGUCCGUGGUGUUGCGGGGUCUGAUAUUGCCAUCGGUUUUGUAUACGGUCUCGGUUACUUUGAGCAUGCAACCCAUCUAGAUAUCGACCAUUUCUUGCGACUAAGCUACCGCGGCAUCUCCGAGCAGGACUUGCAUGCCCUUUUCGCUGAAGCCAUGCUUGCUGGUCGGCCUAGCGAGAAAUCAAAAGGAAUCUCGGAGAUAGCCACAGGAGUGUCACCCUUCCGCGAUGAACCGCAAACACAUAUACAACUUCGCACCAACCCACGCUUCAGUCACUUCCUAAUGCAUGACGCCGGUUCCAACGGCGUGCAGCAUGGCGGUAGUGGAGGUGGUACAGAGCGACCUCGAGCCCGUCUCGCCGCUGCUACAUCCCUCACCGAAGCACAGGCUAUUCUCCGAGAAGCCUUUGUAGACCGUUUAAAGCGUAUCCUCAUGAUCCCACAGGGUGAGAGCAUGGAUGAGAAAUCGACAUUCGUCGAACAAGGUGUGGACUCCAUCAUGGCAGUCGAGGUUCGCACUUGGUUCCUGCAAGAGCUUGAUGUUGACCUUCCCGUGCUGAAAAUCAUGGGUGUCGGGUCAACAGUUGAGUCUUUACUCGUGGAAGUGAUGGAAAAGAUCCCUGUCGACAUCUUGGAGUUGGAGAAGCUGGGCAGUGGAACUGGAACUGGUCCUGGGACUGGGAAAGCUGCCUCCAUUCCUCCUCCUGCUCCUGCACCAGUUGCUUCUGCUCCUACUCACACCUUUUCAGCUCCCUCUCCGCCAACGAAACCAUCGACAGAGUCGACGGAUAGUGAUGCGGACACCGAAAGUUGGCGCGUUAUAUCAACGCCCAACACGCCCCCAGAAAUGUCCCUGCACUCAUUGGUGACUCCAGAAAAUGAUCAUGAGCGUGGAAAACGGGUAUUUACAGCGCUGGAGAGACAGCAAGAAGAAAUUAGACGUAAAGCAAUCAUCGAUUCGUCCACUGAGCACACUGGACCGAUGACUUACGGACAGAAACGCUUCUGGUUCUUGGCCAACUACGUUGAUGAUCAGACCACAUUCAACAUCGCCUACAUGUUCAAACUUGCAGGACAUAUCCGCAUAAACGACCUUACCAAGGCUGUCCAGACUGUGGCACAGAGGCACGAGGCUCUACGUACGCGCUUUUUCUGGUCCGAGGAUGAUUCCAAGACUCCGAUGCAAGGCAUUCUUUCCAAGCCCAUUGUACGUCUUGAGACUGGAACAAUCGAAUCAGAGGCCCAGGCAGCCGAGGAACUCGAAGCCAUGCGCAACCAUAAGUGGAAUCUUGGUGACUGGAUUCAAUUGCGACUCCGAUUACUCUCGCUCUCAGACACAUCGCAUUAUCUCGUCAUGGGAACACAUCACAUCUCGUUGGAUGGCCACAGCAUGAAUAUGCUGAUGUUUGACAUCAACCAGGCCUACACUCGCCCUGGAAAAGCUCUGUCUCCGAUGCCUGAUACCUCGCAGGCUCGAGCUUUCGGUGCUCAGCAGGUUCUCGCAUAUAAGACCGGCAAGCUCCGGCCAGCCAUCGAUUACUUCCGUCGUACAUUGCAGUCAGUGGACAUGAACCGUCCUAUCCAACUAUUCUCCUUCGCUCGUUCACAAGUGCGUGUCCCUCUCGAUCGCUAUGGCAAUAACGUCUCCCGAAUUCGCCUCGAUCCCCAGAUUGCAGCACGGAUGAAGCAACUCGUACGCGGUCACCAAUCCACUUCCUUCCAUGGAUACCUCGCUGCUCUACAGGCUUUAAUCUUCCGCCUAUUGCCCGCAGAUACAACAGACAAGGUGGUCAUCGGUAUUGCUGAUGCUAACCGGAUUGAAAGCAAGUUUAUGGGUAGCCUUGGUAACUUCCUCAAUAUCUUGCCACUACUGUUCAAUCGCCCUGAUCGAGGCCAAACUUUCGGCAAGGCCAUAGAGGAAGCCCGCAGUAAAGUGUACGGCGCCAUGGAGUUCUCGGCCUUGCCAUUUGAUCUCCUCCUGGACGAGCUUUCUGUACCGCGCUCGAAUACGUACACGCCUGUAUGUCAAGUCUUGAUGGAUUACAAGCUCGUCACAAGAGAGCAAGCAAAUAUGAGCUGGGCAGGAUGUAAAGUGAGCGAGCAUAAAUGGCAUACAGCAAGGAGCACAUACGAUAUCGCUCUAGAGAUCGUUGAAGAUCACGAGAGUGCCCUAGUAGCUCUUCAUGUACAAGAUGGGUUGUACAACAAAGAGGCUACUGAUCUCAUCCUGAGGAGCUACGUUAAUGUCCUGAAUCAAGUGGUUCAGCAAGACGGUGAUACGAUAUCGACCGAAAAGCUGGACAAAUGGGACAGUGUCGAUGUCCGUAACGCAUUGGAACUUGGACAAGGUCCUUCCUUGCCACUUGAAUGGCCCGCAACCGUUGCUCAUCGUAUCGACCAGAUCAUUGCCAAAUAUCCGAACAAUCUCGCUAUCAAGGAUGGGUUUGGUCAUAUCUUGACGUAUGCUGCGCUAGAUGAACGAGUUGAGAGCAUUGCACAAAUCCUCCGUAAGAGCUUACCCGAUCAGAACCGCGAACAGUCUGUUGUUGGUGUGUUCCAGACGCCAGCUGCCGACUGGAUUGCUUCUCUCGUUGCCAUCCUUCGUACCGGCGCCAUAUAUCUCCCGUUGGAUCUGAAAGUCUCUGCCGCACGCCUGAAAGGAUACGUCAACGUAGCUGGACCAGCCGUCAUUCUCGCUGACAGCGAGACCGUGGGACGUACUAAGGAAAUCGGGAUUGAGAGUACUGCAAGUGUCAUCAAUGUAUCUGAUCUUCCCGCCAAAGUCAAGGAGAGCAAGGAGAAGAUUGCAACCGCUGCUCAGGCUGACCGUCCAGCUUACAUCAUCUUUACCAGUGGUUCUACUGGUGAACCUAAGGGUGUUGUCAUCAAACACUCUAGCUUUCGCGCCCUAGCAGAAGGAUUUGUUCGAGAGUGGGACAUUACUUCUCUUGGCCGUGUCGUACUCCAGCAAAUUCCUCUCACCUCAGAUGGCUCUCUCAAACAGAUUAUCUCAGCGAUUACCACCGGUGGCUGUCUCGUUGUCGCAUCUGCAGAUGCCCGGGGCGAUCCAACUGAACUCACACGCUUGAUGGCUGAUAAUAAUGUGACUUUCAGCGUAGCUACACCCUCUGAGUGGAACAUGUGGUUUCGAUUCGCGCCUCAAAACUUACGAUGCUGCACCUCCCUAACUUCUGCUUGGUUCGGUGGUGAGCGUGCACCCCAAAGCCUUCUCGAUUCGUUCCGCGACCUGCGUAAGACGUUGCCUAAUCUUCGAGUCUUCAAUACCUACGGACCUACUGAGGCAACCAUCUCAACAGUCAAGGGAGAAACUGAUCUGAACAAUCCAAACUUGGUCGUCCCUGUACCAAGUCGGAUUCUUCCCAACUACACCGUGUACAUCGUUGAUGAAGAGUCUCAGACUGUACCUGUUAGUGUGCCUGGAGAGAUUGUCAUCGGUGGGGCAGGCGUUGGGAAUAAUGAAUAUCUCAAUCGACCGGAUCUGACAGCGAAGCAGUUCCCUGCUGAUUCUUUUGUAUCCAACAACAAGGAGGGACGUGUGUAUUAUACCGGAGAUUAUGGCCGACUUGAUUCCCAUGGUCUCCUCGCAAUCGAGGGUCGCAUCGCUGGAGAUGCCCAAGUCAAAGUCCGUGGAUUCCGGGUAGAAUUGGGUGAGAUUGAGGGCGUCAUCAUGAAGGAAGCUUCCGGAGCUGUGACUGCGGCUGUAGUCACGCUGGAUGCUGGUGAGAGUGACCAUGAUGGACUCCUCAUUGCGCAUAUAGUCGUCGAUAAAAACAAGCACAGGAGCGAGGCACAGAUCGCCGAGAUCGUCGAUCAGCUCAGCACACGCCUGGCUCUCUCCCUUCCUCAAUAUAUGGUUCCUGCCGAAAUCAUACUCUUCGAUGAGGUGCCUCUGACUGCUCAUGGCAAAGUCGAUCGGAAGGCUGUACAAGGACUUCCCCGAGUCGUAACGGAGACUUCCGUGGCAGUGCGAGAAGAGCAGCAAAAGAGUUUCACAGUCCCAGAGCGUCGUCUUGCAGAUAUCUGGGCUACCAUUCUACCUGCACACUUGUUGGCAGCAAAGCCGUUGACGCCUCGGACCGAUUUCUUCCGCGCUGGAGGCAACUCAUUGAUGUUGGUUCAGUUGCAAGCUGCCAUCAAGCAGGCUCUUGGAGAUGCUCCUCGACUGAAUAAGCUCAUGAAUACACCCGAGCUGGCCGAAAUGGCAGCCCUACUAGAGAGCUCUGGGGCUGCUCCAGAUUGGGACAAAGAGAUCGCAGUUUCGGACUUGUUAAACGAAAUUCCCUUUAGGAAUCCAAAGAAGAGCUCUACUACAGGACUUCGUGUCCUCGUCACAGGUGCCACGGGAUCUUUGGGCAAACAUAUUAUUCCUCAUCUCGCAACGAAUCCCCGUGUCACGCAGAUCGUUGUCUUGGCGAGGCCUGCCGAAGGUCGAGACUUGACUCAUUUGUUCCCCAGUAUCAAGGAUAAGUUGCUCGUCGUCCACGCGGAGCUGCCAUCCAUUCCUGCAGACAACAUUGUCCCUGAGAUGGCAGACAUUGAUGUAAUCCUACAUAUUGCCGCAGAUCGCAACUUCUGGGAUGGUUACAGUGCCCUCAAGCCCGUCAACGUGAUCACGCCGAAAUUGCUUGCGAAGCUCGCUCUUCGGAUUGGUGCUGCACUUCACGUUCUCAGCUCAGGGGCUGUCGUGAAUUACGAGGCAGACAGUAAUGGUCUUCCUCGUCCCGAAGCUUCGGAUGGCUACGUCGCGUCCAAAUGGGUUGCAGAAAGGUACCUAGCCAAUGCAGCCCGUCAGACCGGAAUCGAAGUCACGGCGCAUAGACCAACCAAGACUGCAACAAUCGAUCAAUUUCCAGCAGACCAGAAGCUUACAGAAGCCGAGGAAGCCCUAAUCCAUAGCAUCUUGAUCAAUUCACCGCGUCUCGGGGUUCGACCUGACUUUACUCAUAUCGGUGGCACCUUCUACAUUGCUCCAGUCGAAGACGUAGCUACCGCUAUCGCCGCUGCUGUUGCUGCAGGCCCUCAAGAAUCGGAUGAAAAGACGUUGCGUAUAAUUAAUCACCCUGGGACGGCAAGUGUUCGGACUGAAAUCAUGGCAUCACGUGUUGAGGAGUUGUUCAAGCAGCCCGAGAACGAGGCUGUGCGAGAGCUGCCAUCCGUUCCAGUUUUGCACUGGGUCGGUAAGACGAAGCGUGCUGGGCUAUUUGAGUGGAUAUUUACAUCUCAGGAGUUGAUAGUGAUUGAUGAAGAGGGACGAAAAGUUGUUUCGAGGCGUUAAUUUUCAUUUAUUAAGUAUAGAAGAGCUGUAAGACGCUCGUUGAGAGAUUCCUUCCGCUUCGGGCUUCGGGGUCAAAAUUGCUACAAGAAUUUCUUUAAAGCCAUGUAUUAAUAUUUAUUUACUAUUUUGUUUACCGGCCUAGAUUUUGUAGGCG